CUGCUCAUGCUCUAACCUGACAGUUUCCCUCUGAGGAAAAUAAGAUGAGGGGAGGGGAUUAUUCACAUUGGUCAGAUACUGAGGUUCAGCAAAGCAGAUAUCAAACUGGACGCAGCUAGCGAUGAGGACUGGCGGUCUCAAAAUAACCGUGCUUGAUACGGCUAUGAGGCCGUUGAUACGUUUUAAUAGCUCAGAGGUUAAGUAAAAAAAAAAAAAAAAUCAACAAAACUGUUAUAUUUUGUUUAUCUGCAGGCGACAGCGUUGACUCUUGGAUUAUGCAGUGAUUUGACCCGAGGGUAAAUCACAAAACCAACUUUAAUGGAGUUUAGGUAGUGAUAAACCGGACAGGACAGCUACACCGCCGCACAGCCGACAGCGGUCCUGAAUCUCUUCUGUGAUGUGAGCGCUGGCUGCACCGAAUUGGCGCUUUUACGCACCAUGGAGGACCUUUUACGCGAGCAGAACAGUUGGGCGCUGAAUGUUACCUGGAGCAACUCAAGUUGUGGAAACGACACCCGUUUGGGAAACAUAACAGUAAAUCCACUGAAGCGAAACGAAGAAGUGGCAAAAAUAGAAGUUACCGUCCUGGUCCUGGUGCUGCUACUCGCCCUGACCGGCAACCUGUGCGUCCUUUGGGCUAUCCACGCCACCAAACACAGCCAGUCUCGGAUGUAUUACUUCAUGAAGCACCUGAGCAUCGCAGACCUUGUCGUUGCAGUCUUUCAGGUUUUACCCCAACUCAUUUGGGACAUCACAUUUCGCUUCUAUGGGCCGGAUUUGCUGUGCAGGCUUGUCAAAUACCUCCAGGUGGUGGGUAUGUUUGCAUCUACCUACAUGCUUGUGCUGAUGUCCAUCGACAGGUGCUUAGCAAUCUGCCAGCCUCUUCGCUCCGUGCACAAGAGAAAGGAUCGCCUCUACGUGAUCGCCUCUUGGAUGCUCAGUCUGGUAUUCAGCACUCCACAAGCGUACAUAUUUUCCUUAAAAGAGGUCGGGGACGGGGUGUAUGACUGUUGGGGUGACUUUGUACAACCAUGGGGUGCAAAGGCAUACAUCACAUGGAUGAGUCUCAGCAUUUACAUUUUCCCAGUGGCGAUUUUAAGCAUCUGUUAUGGCUUGAUAAGUUUUAAAAUCUGGCAGAAUUUCAAUUUAAAAACGAAAAGGGAGCACUUCCUGGCUCUGACUACAAGGCCCUCCAAAGGCGCUCAUCCCCUCUCUCGUGUGAGCAGCGUGAGGCUCCUUUCAAAAGCAAAGAUCCGCACGGUGAAGAUGACAUUUGUAGUGGUCGUUGCCUACAUUGUGUGCUGGACUCCCUUCUUCUUUGUCCAGAUGUGGUCUGCAUGGGAUCCUGCUGCACCAAGAGAAGACAUGGCCUUCAUCAUCGCCAUGCUGCUGGCCAGUCUCAACAGCUGCUGUAACCCCUGGAUCUACAUGUUCUUUGCUGGUCACCUGUUCCAGGACCUGAUGCAGUGCUUCUUCUGCUGCUGUAGACAGUACCUGACAGCCUCUUCCUGCAGCUGUGAUCGACAGUGCAGGCACAAGAACAAGUCCGCCACUUGCGUCAUCAACAACACAAGCGCCAGAGGAGCCUCACACAGACGUCCAGCUUGGGAGGACCAGGACACUAAAGAGCCAACUGAAAGCCAUCCAGGCUUCCUGUAG